AUGUCAGAUAUCACCAUCACCAACAGCAGCGUCUGCGCGUCAGCCAGAAAGCGCCCGUUUACCAUUCAGGGCGCCCUCGAUGAACGAUCCUCAGAUAAAAUAACAGUAUGGGGGCGGAAAGGCACAACCUCGGCGCUCGGGGGCAUAGCGUGUCUGGCGAUGAUGGUGGUAUGCCCAAUGGUUACCAUUUUCUGGUGGACUUCGCUCAGUCGUUAUGACGGAUCCCUAUCCCACGCCGGCAUGUCCCUCGCGCAGACCGGGCUGAUACCGUUCUUUGUACAAAACACGCCGGGUACGACUCUGUCGGUUGUGACCGUGUAUGUCUGCUGGACCUUGUCGCACGUUAUUCUAUACUCUUUCCUGCCGGGAACGCGAUGCAAGGGCCAGCUCACGCCAGCUGGGAACUUGCUGGAAUACAGGAUAAACGGCUUCCUUGCCUGUAUAGUGUCCAUCUUACUGGCUGCGGGCGUCCAUUGGUACGGGCUCUUCGAUCUUACCUUUGUGGCCCAGAACUGGGGAGGCUUUGUGUGCUUGUUCAAUAUUUACGGCUUGCUGUUGGCAUUGGUGUUCUACAUAAAAGCCCAUGUUUCUCCUUCGCAUCCAGAGGAUAGAAAGUUCAGCGGAUCCGUCUUUUAUGAUUUCUAUAUGGGCAUUGAAUUCAACCCUCGUCUAGGCUCUGACUGGGACAUGAAGCUCUUUCACAACGGGCGGCCAGGCAUGAUCGGGUGGCUGAUAGUUGAUAUGUGCUUUGCUGCAUGGCAAUAUAAGCAAUAUGGAUACAUCACAAACUCGAUGAUCAUUACCAGCUUACUUCAUACGAUCUAUGUUGUUGACUUCUUCUGCAACGAAGGCUGGUACCUCAAAACCCUUGACAUGUGUCACGAUCAUUUCGGUUUCUACUUCUCUUGGGGCAUUGCAGCCUGGCUCCCUGUGAUGUACACUCUGCAGACGCAGUAUCUAGCGACCCACCCAAUCAAUCUCCCCUACUGGGUUGCCGCCUUUAUCUUGACAACGGGUGUGUCAGGUUACACUCUGUUCCGCGCAGCCAAUCACCAGAAAUACCUUGUCCGCGCUACGAACGGAAAAUGUAAAAUCUGGGGCUGGUGGGGUCUCGUCCGUCAUGCGAAUUAUCUCGGUGAUUUAAUUCUCUCUUACUCGAUGUGUGCCACUUGCGGAUUUACCAACUUGCUUCCUUGGACUUAUGCUAUAUACAUGACUAUUCUACUCGUUCAUCGAUGCUAUCGAGAUGAGGUGAGAUGCCACAACAAGUACGGCGAGUCAUGGAAGGCGUACUGCGCAAAGGUUCCGUACCGAAUCAUUCCAGGGAUUUUCUAG